GAGGCCACCGGAGUCGGCGGACUGCUCUCCAAGGCAAUCCCCACAAGGUGGGACUUUUUCCUGUGCGGCAGAGCCGCGCGUAAGUCUCUGCCCCACCAGAAGACCCACCAUUGACAGUGCUUUUCCACGUUUCAGCCAAUUUCACGCGAGCUCCAGUUCAUUUGGCGCGCUCACAGCGAACAGCAGCACGGCCGUUAGGCACCCACACCUCGCCACUCUCUUGUCACCUGACUACACUCUCUCGCGGCUCCCCGGCGGCCUCGUCACUCGGGAAAACUGUGAAAAAGACACACGAGUGGCUGGGCGAAUUAAAGCGCAAGCGUUCCGCAUGUCAAUAAAGCGGGAGAGUCACAGAGUGUUGUUGCGCCGCAUUCGAUUCACUCCCCCACACAAUUCGCCACACAAUUCCAUCAGUUCCAUCAACAAUCAGUGAAAUACCAGCAGUGAGAGGUGUUUCCUGUGCACAGUUUCCCGUGACCAGUGCCACAGUGAGCAGGAGACAGGCCGAAGCCACCUCGAGAGCCCCUCGAAGCGCACCAAAUUCGACUGCCAGGACAUGUUCAGGAUCUGCGGAGGCAAUCGCUGAGGAUUACACACUGAAUGAGGGAUAAAAUGCCAAAGAGAUAUCUAUAGACACUCCUGCCCUUCCUCAGCGGGAUCACCUUUUCCACCAGCCGUGUUUGGAAUGAUAUGGAAAUGGACUACAAAUUCCUCUUCAAAGUUGUUCUAGUGGGAAAUGCAGGUGUCGGCAAGACGUGCUUGGUGCGUCGAUUCACUCAGGGCCUCUUCCCACCUGGCCAGGGCGCCACAAUAGGUGUGGACUUCAUGAUAAAGACAGUCGAAGUGGACAAUGAGAAGAUCAAGCUGCAGAUCUGGGACACUGCUGGUCAGGAACGGUUCCGUUCAAUUACACAGAGUUACUACAGAUCAGCGCAUGCCUUAAUACUGGUCUAUGACAUAAGUUGCCAGCCCACUUUCGAUUGUCUUCCGGAUUGGUUGCGGGAGAUUCAGGAGUACGCGAACGCCAAAGUGCUGAAGAUUCUCGUGGGCAAUAAAACCGAUCGCGAUGACCGCGAAGUUCCCACGUCGAUUGGCGAAGAGUUCGCCAAGCAGCACGGGAUGUACUUUCUGGAGACGUCGGCCAAGCAGGCGGACAAUGUGGAGCGACUGUUCUACGAGAUCGCAGCCGAAUUGAUUGAGCAGGCGCGCAACAAGGAAGUUCCGCCGCGCAGCGAAACCGGCGGUCUGGCCAAUCUGGGCAACAAGUCCAACUACUUUAGUCAAAGCAACUGCUGUGCCAGCCUCAAUGUGGGCAUGAGCGGUGGCGGUGGCAGCAACUGAGCUAGGAUAAAUACCAAAAUCAAAGGAACAGGAAGAGAUAAAGCUGUUGAAUGUGUGAUCACUUUAUACAUGUGUUAAUUUAUUAAUUUUUAGAAAAGAGACAUCAAUGUUUUGCCGUUGAGUUUCCACCUUUUAUCACUGAUCGCGUGUGAAAUGCCUCAUUCUUCUUCUUUUUUGUCUAUUGUAAUGAAUAAGCUUUUACGUUGUUUAAUAACACACCCCCUGAACACCUGGACAAGAGCUUUGGACUGCAUACAGUCGCGAAAGGUGAUUAACUCGAUUUUAUUGUGUACAUAUCGAGGCGGUAUUUGAAUUGUCGGCGGGCGGAUCUUUACAAAAAUCUAAUAAUCUCACUGAUGGCCAGAGAUCUCUUUUAUAGUUAUGUUCAUUGACUUCUUGUAAUGAUCCCAAGAUCCCUGUCUUAUUUUUGGAAACAGAGAUGAGAAAUAAAUUAAUCCAACGACA